AUGCCUACAUCAGCUCAACGGCUCAAUCAACUUGCUGGUCAGAUGUCCUUAUUUUUUAUGGAAUCGUGUUUUCAAUGCAGUUUUGUUGUAUCCAUCAAUAGAUUUGUGGCUGUUUUCUAUCCAACUUACUAUAGAAAAGCGUUUAAUGAACGGACUACAGCAAUAAUGUUACUGCUAACAACAACUCUUUCACUGAUUUACUUUGGUCUUUACUUCGUAGCCGGCUCAGAUGGUUGUAACUUCUAUUACGAUCAAAAAUCAAAUGCUUGGACUUUUGGAACCGAUUUAUGCAGCAAGCGAAUGGCCCACUACGUCGAUAUGUUAUCCAACAUGGUCCUCUUCGCUAUCAGUUGUGUCAUUGAUGUGAUAGUAUUCAUACGUUUACGAUCAUCAACCAAGGCUAUUCUCAACACGCUUUUGUAUUCGGUUAUGCUUCUGUGCUUUCAUAUUAUCGCUCUUUUUACGUCCAACACACUAAGUCACUUUUUGUCUAGAACAAUCGUAUGGAGUGUCGCCCACACUGUGGACGGAUUGAUCCUCAUAUACCUCAAUCCCGAGAUAAAGAAACAUCUCGUGAGCAUUCGUCACUUCGUCCAGAUCAUUAAGGAUCCUGUCAGCUCCAACAAUGAACGAGUAGUUACGGUCUACUCUUCCACGUUCAAAUGA